CUCUCUAUUUCUCGUGAUCGGGAAGCUGGUUUGGGGAUUAUUAGGAUUAGGGUUUUGGCUGAGCGACCCAUCGAUCUAUUUCUUCCCAUCUCAUCAGGUUCUUGAUUUGUCCAGCGUUUUUUCUCCGCGCUAAUCUCUUAAAUCCAGCGUUUUGUUUGCAGAUGGACUGGCAAGGGCAGAAGCGCGCGGAGAUUCUGAUGCAGAUCAUGCUCGUCGUGUCGGCGGUCGCUGCUUUCGGCGUCGGAUACACCAUCGGCUCCUUUCGGACGAUGAUGCUUGCAUACGCCGGUGGAGUCGUGCUUACUACGCUGAUCACUGUGCCCAACUGGCCCUUCUUCAAUCGCCACCCCUUGAAGUGGUUGGAUCCGAGCGAAGCGGAGCGUCAUCCGAAGCCACAGGUGAACUCUGCUGCCGCUUCUUCCAAGAAGAAAGCUGCAAAGCACAAGUAGGAGUCAGUAUUCUGGCACCGAUGAGCAUGUCAUUGGGGCUUAUGCUGUUCGAAUUCUAUUUGCGGAGUCAUGUUGUGGCAGUGCCUUAUGCUUUCCGUGAUGUUGUCUCAAAGCAACUUUAGCAUCACAUAUCCAUUGAGCUAAUGGUUAACUCAUACUUCAAACUUCCAAGUAUUUUAGCUAAGCCUUAUGUUGUCUUUCUUUUCCUUA